AAUCCUCAGACAAGGAAACACGGUGUCGCCUUCGCCGGCGACGUUUGAAACAGUCGGCAAUGGAAUCCACACACUUCAUUCUUCUUCUCAACAACUCCAUCUAGGGUUUCUGUCUCCUUCUUUCCCUCUUGUUUUGUCCUGGAAUUUGAAGAUAAUGGAGCCAGUCUAUGAAGGUUCAACUUCUACCUUAUCUGGCUUCAUGGAUAGGAGAAGGAGAAGCCCUCUGAUUCGUCGACCUCGUGAUAUAAAAGGGAGCUUGCAUAGUUUCACUUUCAAGCUUGGCGGUGGCCUUACUCGUACUAUCCAAACCAACUCAGAGGCGGGUGUUUAUACCAAAUCCACCACGGAUAAGGUAAAAGGGAAUGUACCAGAGCAGAAAACUAUGUAUCUAGGAGAGAUACAUCAAUCCAUGACCGAAAAGACCAAACGAGGUCUUAAAAAACGUUUGUUGGAUCAAGAACAAGAUAGUGACGAUGAGGAGAUUAGAUACCUCGAGAAGUUAAAGUCUAAAAGGCUCACAAGGGAUUAUCAGACAAACAUGGAAGACAGAGAACAUCUCUCAUCAGACAAACAUGCUGUUACUGAAAGGAGUAAGCUGCGGCUGGGAACGGUUGAGGAAGGAUCAACGAGUGGACACGUUCCUACAACACGUACCCGGGCUCCCACCGGGUCAAGUCCUCUUGAGUUUCCUGAUGGCUUACCUUGCCUUUCUUCUAAAAGACAAAAGCAAAAGCUGUCUGAGGUAGAGCAACAAUCCAAGAAGGCUGAAGCUACACAGAGACGAAGAAUGCUAUCUGAAAAGGCUGCUCAAGAAGCUGAGGCUGAAGCUAUCAGGAAGAUACUUGGGCAAGACUCAGGGAGAAAGAAGAAAGAGGAGAAGAUUAAGAAACAACAGGAAGAACGAGCUCAGGAGAGAGCUACAAGAGCAAGCACACUCGCAUCAAACACUGUCAGAUUAGUUAUUGGUCAAAGUGGAACAACUUUGACGUUUUCUGAAGACAUUGGUCUUCCAGAUAUCUUCAAGCCAAUCACCUGCAGUUAUCCUCCAACACGUGAGAAAUGCGUGGGACCAAACUGUGAGAACUCGUACAAGUACAGGGACUCAAAGUCGAAGCUACCACUAUGCAGUCUCAAUUGUUACAAGGCUAUGCAACAACCUUUGAUUCAUUGCUAAUUGCUUAACAGAGUUUUGUUCAAAAUGUAUUAUUAAACACGUAAUUGUUUCUUUUAACAUGAACAAACCUUCGCCUA